AUGUCUGCUGGCAAGGAAUUACAAUUCUUGGAUAAAAAGGAUCUAGAAUGUGCCAUCUGCUUAAAGAGAUUCACAGAGCCAAGGACACUCGAGUGCCUCCAUAGCUACUGUCUUCACUGUCUGGAAAGUUUAGUGGAAAGACGGCAUGGAACAUUCAGGUGUCUCAAAUGUAGUCAGCAUCAUGAACUCAAAAAAGAGGAUUUGGAAAAUCUCACUUCCAAUGAAAAAAUACAAUAUUUACUUAACUAUGUGAAAAAGAUCGAAUCUGAAAAAAAAUCAAGUACAUGUUCCAGCUGUAACAAUCCACCAACCUACCACUGUUCAGAAUGUUUACUCUACUUUUGCGGGAAAUGUUCCAAACACCACAAGAUAAUACCAGCAUUGAAAAACCAUCAAUUAUACAUAUUGGAACGGAAUGAAGAAGGAACUGGUACAGAUGAAAAUUACAAAUGUCCAACUCAUUGCAACAAUGUACUGGAAUUCUACUGCUCAACUUGCAAAAAAUCAGCAUGUGAGGAAUGUAAUCAAGUUCUUCUGUGUUAUCAAAACAAACAUGAUGUGAUUGAAAUGAAGACUGCUAUACAUAAGUUUAACCAAAAUGCUACUGAAGUUAUCAGAAUAGCUGAGGGCAUUGCAAUCAAUCUGAAAAGAAACCUUGAAUCCAUUACUAAUGAUAUGUCAAAAUUUGAAUCAGCUAUUGAAGUUAAGCAAAAGAGACUUAUCAAGACAGUUCAAAAGAAAAGCAAAGAAUUAAUCUCCAAACUUGAAGUGAUACACAAAGAUCAUAAUAUGCAUAAUGUGAUAUCCUGCUUACCACAGGCCUAUAUUAUAUAUAAUAUUAGAUGGAUAUAG